UGGAGCCAAAACCAAUUGUUGCGUUACUUGAUGAUGUACGCUAUUUUAGAGUAGUGUUUGUAUCAUUCCAGAAAAUAUUGGAGCUUUAAAUAAAUAGCAUAAUAAUAAUUACGGAUUAUUAGCAUGGAUUCAAGUCAGUUACUCAAUGCGACUGAUAGUUCAGCAUUAAAACACAUUCAUUUCUGUGAUCUUCACUUUUUUCAAACAAAAGCUAAUUUUGCUACAUGGAAUAAAUCAGAAAUCACUAGGUUUCUUCAUGGACUUGAAAGUAAUUUACAAGACUGCCCUAGUAUUGUAAACUUAAUCAUUCCAAUUUGCAAAGAAGGCAUUUUACGCAUUACUAAGUCAGUUACAAAUGAACAACUUAUUUGCUUUCCAUUGUGUGAAGUUAGACAUUUGAUAAAAAGUUUAGACUCUGCAACAGCAAAUUACGUUUUAUUAACUCGCGGCACUCUUACACCACAAACUCAUAGGAAUAGCACAAACAAUGAGGUGGCAAGUGAUUCAACCGGAGAAAGUUUAUCAAGUUCAUAUCAAACAUAUAUAUUUCGUUGCCAAACAUACCAUGGGGCAUUAAGAAUAAUCGAUGUCAUGAAUCGAAUUUUAACAGAAGAAGUAGGCUCAACUAUCAAGCCAAAUGUUUUUGAGCCUCAAAGCAUCACGCUUCGUUUACAUUUGGAUAUAAGAGAAGACGAUGGCUCUGGUGUUAAUUUCACUCCUGUACCAAAAGAAAAAUCGGAAUUGUUCAAGUUACGUAGAGGUACAGCUAAACGCCUAUUGGUUGGUAUUAGUCAAGUUGAUGGACACGUUUAUCUGCCUAUUAGUGGUAUUUUAGACAUUUGUGUGGGAUACGGUCGUUAUUUAUCAGAGAGUGAAUUAACUUAUUUGGGAGGUGAAGAAAAUGCCGCACGUGGAGAGGCAUCAUUAAACCUGCUAACUGGAACUUCUUUUUCCACUUGGGUCACCUGGCCAUCAAAUCAUAGUCAAUUUUCAAUGUUCGAUGUUCUUGGAAAUCGGGAUGAAUGCAUUUUCUUCACUGUCGUCGUCCGCUUUAUUGUUCAUAGACUUGAGAAACCAUUAUGUCUACGACGAAUAUGUCGAGCUCGUGUUUACAAGACAGAUGAAAUAUUUUGGCUGUCUUUAGACAGAAAGCCUGUCGUAGAAGAUUAUACUAUUCAGCUAACUGAGAGUAUAGAUGAAAAUGGCAAUCUGUAUGCUGGUAAAAUAGUUGCAAUCACAGAUGUAGUCGCUUUUCAUCAAGAUCAUAAUCAAAUUACUCCAGGUGUUCCGUCUACAGCCAAUCCAUCUGAAGAUGAUGAUAAUGAACCCUUAAUGAGUGGUAAUGGAAUUGUAUCCAGAGAAGUGACAGAUGAUCAAUUACUUAUUGAAUGGGGUCACUUAGUUACUGAAUGGCACAAUAAAGUAAGACAAGAUCAAGCUAAUGGUCUUAAUGUGUCGACAAAUUCUUUAAGAACAGAAUUAUUACACAGUGGUUCUUCUGGUCCGCAUAUUUCUCAUUUAGGAUCUGCAUUUUGUCAAAGAAUUAAAAAAUUAGUUAGUCGUGGUAUACCAGAUGCUUUAAGAGCUGAAGUUUGGCAAUUAUUAUCUGGUUGUCCUGUUGAUGAAACUGGCUUAAUGGAUGCUUAUCGAAUUCUGAUUACUAAACCAUGUAAACAUGAUGAUGUUAUACGUCGUGAUCUAGCUCGUACAUUCCCAGCUCAUAGUUUCUUCCGUGAUAAAAUUGGUCAAGAAAGCCUUUUCCUAGUUAGCCGCGCUUAUGCAUUAUACGAUGAAGAAGUUGGCUAUUGUCAAGGAUUAACAUUUUUUGCUGCUGUAUUACUACUUCAUAUGCCUGUAGAACAAGCCUUCACGUUAUUAGUUCAAGUAAACAAUAAUUAUGGUGUAAGAGAAUUUUUCCUAAAUGAUUUCGAUGGUCUACACAUGCGACUGUAUCAAUUGCAACGUAUUAUCCAGGAUCAAUUACCGGAUGUUUCAAAGCAUUUCGCUGAUCUUGGCUUAGAAACGCAUAUGUUUGCUAGUCAAUGGUUUUUAACUCUAUUCACAGCUAAAUUCCCUUUGAAUGUUGUCUUUCAUAUUGUAGAUAUGUUUCUUACUGAGGGCUUGAUCUUCAUAUUCAAGGUAUCCUUAGCACUUUUACAGUUGGCUAGACGCGAUUUACUUGGUCUAGACUUUGAAGGUGUACUUAAAUAUUUACGGGUUGCAAUGCCGAAAAAGUAUUUAGCCGGUGACGCCAAUGAAGAAUUACUUAGAUCAGCAAUAAUGGCUAAAGUUACCUCAUCAAAAUUACAAAAAUAUGCUAAAGAAUGGUUAUCGAAAAGAGCUGAAGAAAAAUUGACUGAUUCACCAAUUCAUAUUAUGGAAUGCCAAUUAGCAUCAUUGCGACGAGAAAUUAGUCGAUUAGAGCAUGAGAAUGAGACAUUGGCUUCUGGUUUACUUACAAGUAAAACAUCAAUGCAUGAACAAGUUGAUCGAUUAGAAGAUAAGGCUGAAAUAUUGACUCGUGAAUUAUUUGCUUCAAGGCAAGAUUUUCAAGAUGCUUUAGAAGAGAAAACCCAUUUAGAAAACGAAGUUCUUCAGGUAAAGAAAAUGUUUCGUACUGCACUGGAAGAGAAUUCAGCUGAAUUAGAAAAACAUCGAAGUAUUUUUGAGUGUUAUAAAACAAUCACAACAGAAUUAAAUGAUUAUCUAGUGCAUAAUAGUCAUAGUAAUUCUGCAGACUCUAAAGAUCCCUACAAAUAUGAUCCAUUGUUUUUAAAUUUAACAUUUGAUCUAUUACAACAAGCAUUACACUGUAAAGCCUGUAUACCUAUUAUAGAAAAUUAUAUUGAAAAGUCAAAGAAUAUCAUCAAUACAUCAACAAGCGAUCCAUCGUGUGUUAUAGAAGAUGAAGUUGUCGUUAUUGUUAAUAAUACACCAGAACAUGACGAAUCAGAUCAUGUAACAAAGAAUGCGUCUGGGGAUGAAAACAACGGUACCUGUAUAAAUAGACAAUCUAUCAUUGACAUCCUAAAUAAAUUUCAAUCACUUAACAUCACUAGUAGCACUGAUAACAACUGUGUACCAGUGAAAUUAUCAGAGGUUAACGGUGAUAAACUGAAUAACGAUGGUAAUGAUGAUAAUACUGAUGAAAUAAUGCUGAAUAAUUCAAAGCAUCAAUCUAAUGGUAACUGUGAAACAACCUCGUGUUAAUUAUGCUUUAAAUAAUCCUGUAAAUAUCGUAUAUAUGCACACAUUCAUGUAUUUAUUUAUCUAUCUCUGUUGUCUGUUGUUGCUUUUCUUUUUGAGUUGACAUUUCAAAAUUUAUUCCCAUUCAGUAAUUGUGCGUUGUGAUGAUGAUUGUAACCAUUACUCUGACCCUUAUGCCAAUCUGAUUUAUAUUGCCAUAUUAUUAUUAUUAUUUAUUGUCUGACAUUGUUAUUACUACUAUUGUUAAUAUUUUCGUUAGUAUUUGUUGUUGUGUUUAUUAUUUUGAAUUAUUUCAUGGAAAUAUUUAAUUUAAUUUGAAAAAUAAAGGAAAGAAUAGAUCUUAUCAAUAUUU